CCUAGGUUCAUUGGUGAGCGGCGAGAGAGAUAGAGAUAGAGAGAGAGAGCGGCGAAGAUGGUGAAGUUCUUGAAGACAAACAAGGCGGUGAUCGUCCUCCAAGGCCGAUUCGCCGGCCGGAAGGCCGUCAUCGUGCGGUCGUUCGAUGAGGGCACUCGCGAUCGCGCCUAUGGCCACUGCCUCGUCGCCGGCAUCGCCAAAUACCCUAAGAAGGUGAUUCGCAAGGACUCGGCCAAGAAGACGGCCAAGAAGUCUCGCGUCAAGGCGUUCAUCAAGCUCAUCAAUUACAACCACAUCAUGCCUACUCGCUACACUCUCGACGUCGAUCUCAAGGACAUUGUCACAGUCGACGCCCUCCAGUCCCGCGACAAGAAGGUCACCGCCGCCAAGGAGGUCAAGGCUCGCCUCGAGGAGCGGUUCAAGACCGGCAAGAACCGAUGGUUCUUCUCCAAGCUCCGGUUCUGAUGUCGGUAUCCGUUUGGUUUUUGUUCUAUUGCAUUCCAAGUUAUGUUCUGUUCGGAUUUAGGGAUUUCUUCCGCUGAUACUUUGCUAAAAUGUUAGUUUGAAGUUUUGGUAUGUUCUGAACUGGUUUUCAUUUUCGUUAUAUUAAUAUAAGCUCCUGCUUUUAGGUUA